CACAGGAUUGACCCCUAAAACCCUGAAAGCUAAAAUCCCUUCUCCGAAGCAUUCGAGGGUUUAUCACACUCUUAUUCUCAAACUCUUCGUCGAUCAGACGAAAACUGAAAACCCCAAACUUAUUCAUCAAUCUCCACUACAUGAUGAGUGUGAUUCUCAGAAGAUCCUCUUCCGUAAUCUCGCGCCGCUUCUUCGCCGCUCUCGCCUCCGUCGAGCCGCUUCCUCGCAGGUUCCCCGCCGACAGGCACGGUGUAUCCGGCGACGGAGCCCGGACCUUUCACGCGAAUCCCGGACCGUUGAAUUUCCGAGCUUCGCCGGUUCCUCGAGCGGCGCAGUUCGCCGUCGAGCGCGAUUACUCCAACUACGAGGAAGUUAGCAGCGCGAACAGCGACGAAGGACUCGAGAUCGCGAAGCUCGGGAUCGCUCCGGAGAUCGUGGAUGCUCUUGCCAGGAAAGGGAUCGCGAAGCUCUUUCCCAUUCAGAGAGCUGUGCUGGAACCUGCGAUGCAAGGGCGUGAUAUGAUAGGUCGAGCUAGAACAGGAACUGGGAAAACUCUUGCUUUUGGGAUACCCAUCUUGGACAGGAUCACUCAGUUUAAUGCUAAGCAUGGACAAGGAAGAAAUCCUUUGGCUUUGGUUUUGGCUCCAACUAGAGAACUUGCGCGGCAGGUUGAGAAGGAAUUCAAUGAGGCUGCACCUAACUUGGCCACAAUCUGUCUUUAUGGGGGUAUGCCCAUCCAGCAACAAAUGAGGCAGCUUAAUUAUGGCGUAGAUAUUGCAGUAGGCACGCCUGGUCGAAUUAUUGAUCUUCUCAAUAGGGGGGCACUGAAUUUAAAGGAUGUCAAGUUUGUUGUUCUUGAUGAAGCUGAUCAGAUGCUUCAAGUAGGAUUUCAAGAAGCUGUGGAGAAGAUCCUGGAAGGGUUGUCUCCAAAUCGUCAGACUCUUAUGUUCUCAGCAACAAUGCCAUCUUGGAUAAAGAAUAUUACCCGCAAUUACCUGAACAACCCCUUAACCAUUGAUCUUGUUGGAGAUUCUGAUCAGAAGUUGGCAGAUGGAAUUUCGUUGUACUCUAUUGUGUCUGAUUCGUACACUAAAGCAGGAAUUCUUGCACCUCUGAUAACAGAACAUGCAAAUGGAGGAAAGUGUAUUGUUUUCACUCAAACGAAACGUGAUGCUGAUCGGUUAUCAUAUGUCAUGGCAAAAAGCCUUAGAUGUGAGGCCUUGCAUGGAGAUAUUUCACAAACUCAGAGGGAAAGAACUCUUGCUGGCUUCAGAAACAACAAUUUUAAUGUUUUAGUGGCAACUGAUGUUGCUUCACGUGGGCUUGAUAUUCCCAAUGUUGAUCUUGUAAUACAUUAUGAUCUUCCCAAUUCAUCAGAGAUAUUUGUUCAUCGAUCUGGACGAACUGGCCGUGCUGGGAAGAAAGGAAGUGCCAUUCUUGUUUUCACACAAGACCAAUUCAGGGCCUUGCAGACUAUUGAGCGUGAUGUUGGAUGCAAAUUUACAGAGCUACCAAAGAUUGAUGCUCCAAGUGGAUCAGCAGAGAUGUUUAGUGGCAUGGCUGGUGGUCGAUUUGGCUCUAUGAGGGAUCGUCAAUCUGGAGGUACAGGUUUUGGUCGCAGUCCUGGAUUUGGUCGUUCUGGGAGUUACGGUAACUCUGGAUUUGGCCAAUCUAGUUAUGAUGGCUUUGGUUCUGGUCAAGCUCCUCAAUUUGGUGGAAAUUCUCGCCCCGGUGGAAAUUCUCGGCCCAGUGGUUUUGGUAGUUCAGGUCAAUCUGGUGGUUUUGGUAGUUCAGGUCAAUCUGGUGGUUUUGGAAAUUUUGGGUCAGGUCAAUCAGGUGGUUUUGGAAAUUUUGGGUCAGGUCAAUCUGGUGCAUUUGGUGGCAGAAAGUCAAACCAAAGCAGCACCUUUGGUAAUUCACAUGGUAGUGGUUUCAGUGCUUUUGGGAAUGACCCAAAUAAUGACAGUUACAAUAGAUGAAAGCCGUUUUAACUUCAACUUGGCACUUUGUGAUGGAAAAGGUUACGGCAUAAGAAUAAUACAUUCUAUUCUUUGGGGCAUUAUUUUUUAUUGGGAUAAAUCUUUAGCUCAAACUUAAUUCUAGUGUUAUUCAUGGCAAAAAGAAGGGAGAAGGCUGUAUCAUCUACAUGUUCCACUUCUGCCAAUCUUCUGUGUGGCUCAUUAUUUUGCUUUGUUCGGUUGGUAGAAUAUGACUAUGAAAGUACAUGUGUAUGUAUAUGCCUUGGAAAUUUUGUAGCAGCAGCUUUAUAGAUGGGUGAUCCAACUUUUUUAGUACUUGUUCCUCAAAAUUCAUAAUAUUUAGAAACAGGUAGGCGUCUGCUGUUCGUACAUAUUAUUAUCAUACAAGGAAAUUAUCGUAUUCUAAUUGAUGUAAUAUAUUACGAACAAUUUGUUUUUGGUUGCGCCGUGGGUCACUUCCGGGAAUGAAUGAAAUAUUAAAGAG